CGCUCUCUUUUUUUUUUUUUUUUUUCUCCGCUUCAGCUUUCAAGCCGCGGCGGCGGCGGCGGCGUCUCGAGCAAUGGGAGUGGGGAGAUGCCCCGUCACUGCUCUGCUACUGGCUGUUGCACUCGAGAUACGCCUGAAACACGCAACCGAGGCAUUUCUUUCCAUCGAUUGCCUAAGGACAAUCCACGGCGAACCACAUGGUUGGAGAAUUGUCAGCGGAAGGACAUGAGUGGGCAGGGUCUCUGGGACCCUGCCUCUAAAUAUGUUUAUUUUUGCUCCAAGCACUUUGAGAAGAAUUGCUUUGAACUAGUGGGCACCAGCGGCUAUCAUCGUCUCAAGGAAGGGGCUGUUCCUACGAUAUUCGAGCCUCAUGCGAAGCCACGCCGGAAGUCUAAACUAAACAGUUCCAAACUUGCAAAAUACCAACAGAAGCAGAGCUGUGGCUGCUGCAAUGCAGAGGAGACGACUCCAUUGUGCAUGGAUGUCUCUUGCUUCCCCGUGCAAGAGCUGCCAAGUCCUGGGGCUGCUCCCACUACUGGUGAGCUUCGAAGCCAACCUAAUCUCCCAGGGUCAGAACCAGAGAAUUUGACCACUCUGUCAGACGUACCCCUGGAACAGUUACCAGCUGCCACUGGCCAAGAAGAGGCCUCUCCGUCUCCAGCUCUCCCAGAACCUGUAGAGGAUCCAUCUCAACCCGUUUCGCUCUCCCUCUACAUGCUACGACUCCCACCCCCAGCUGGGGCUUACAUCCAGAAUGAGCACAGCUACCAGGUGGGUAGCGCCUUGCUGUGGAAGAGGCGGGCCGAGGCAGCGCUGGAUGCGCUGGGAAAAACACAGCGGCAGCUGCAAGCUUGCCGGCGUCGGGAACAGAGACUCCGUCUGCGCAUCUGUGAGUUGCAGCGCGAGCGGCGGCCCCACAGUGCCGACGCGCACCGACGGUUUAAGGAGCACCUGCAGGUCUUUGAAUUGCAGCUGCUGAAUGACAUUGAAUGACUUCGAAUCGGCCCGAACGUAACCUUGAUUUGGGCGGUGGCGGCGUUGCAAACUUGGACUCUGGUGUUUCCCUUCUCCGAGGUUAUGCUGAAGCUCUAUGAACUUGGAAUCCGCUUCAUGCAACCCUGUUUCCCUUUCACCAUUCAUGUUUAUAUUUGUAAAGGGAUAUUUCUUUUCUACAAGUGGAUGUCCCAGCUCAGUUGAAAGAUACCCGAUGGCUGGAGGACCGACGUUCAGGAAAGACCGCUAUUUUGAGGAUUUCAUUACGGUGCUGCCCUGGAGGGGUCAUGUUAUUUCUUUUUUUAAAAAAAAAAGCUGCUUGAUGUAAUUGAAUUUAGAGCUUGUCAUGGUUGCCCCAAUAGAAGCAAAAUCUUUUGGAUGCUUUCCCUUAAGUUAUAAGGCUGUAAUGAUAUGAAAAUCUUACAAAGCACUAUAUUAUCGCAAAAAAACUUCUUCUUAGCGUAUUCCUGCAGGUGCAGGGUCCGCUUAUUAUCACACACACACAAAAAAAUCUCCCCACCAAAACUCAACAAAAUCAAUAUAAUUUGCAUGUAGCAUAUUGCCAGACAAAUACGGUAAUGAUUUAAAUCUGAAUUAUGUAAAGAGAAAAAUUGGCUCUUGGUCCUCUAAGGCAGGGGUCUCCAACCUUGGUAACUUUAAGCCUGGUGGACCAACUCCCAGCUUUGCUGGCUGGGGAAUUCUGGGAGUUGAAGUCCACCAGGCUUAAAGUUACCAAGGUUGGAGACCCCUGCUCUAAGGGAUAAUUUUGUACAAGACAUUUAGCUGUUUCAGUAUGUAAGCUGCCAGGCCACGAAUUUAGACAUAGCUUGAAGCCAAGCUAAUUUCUGGAGCUGAGCAAUUCUAAAUCUAAAUGAAAUUUCAGGAGAAUAAUUUUAAUGCUGAAAUAAUGAAAAGAAACUUUUUGGUUCACAAAUUAUGUCCACCCUGUAUGUUUUGAGUGAAAACUUUUCUAGACGUGCUCCUCACAUAAUACUUUUCAGACUAUUUUACUCAACUAUACAAGAUAUUUUGGAUUCCCAUUCUGUUUUGUAAUUAGAAAACUACUUGCGUGCAAGAAUCUCUUGCUGGAUCAAGGGACUGAUAGUCAGCUUUAAGUAAAAAUCACUUUAAUGUAAUUUUAUUAAGAAAUUCGAUUACAAUAGCAGUAAUAAAUAAAAUCAUUUCUGUGGCUUAAGGUACAGGUAGUCCUCAAGUUACAACCACAAUUGAGUUGCUCAUUUGUUAAAUGAGUUUUUUUUCCAUUUUACGACUUUUCUUGCCACAACUGUUAAGUGAACCAUUGUGUUUAAUUUGUUAAAUUAGUAGCAUGGUUGUUAAGUGAAUCUGGAUUACCCAUUGACUUUGCUUGUCAGAAGGUCGCAAAAGGAGAUCACACGACCUCAGGACAUAGCAGCCGUCAUAAAUACGAAACAAGGGUUGCCAACCAUUGGAAUUUUGAUCAUGUGACCAUGGGGAUGCUGCAGCAGUUGUAAGUGUGAAAAACGGUCGUAAGUUACUUUUUUUUAGUGCCGCUGUAACUUUGAAGGGUCACUAAAUGAAUUGUUGUAAGUCGAGGACUACCUACACUGAGAUCAGCCAAGGUUCUGCCGUCUCAAGCGACCCAUCAAUAUUCUGUCAAACCUAUAGGAGAUGUUUCCGAAUGUGGCCUCAUAAAUAAAUGCCUCUCUUUGAUUAGCUUUUAUUUUUUGAAAGCAACAGCUAAGCCAUUUUUCUU